AGUUCUAACAGGAAGACGUUUAUUUGCAGACAACGCUGGAGGAACACGGGACAACUCAUCUUUCAGCAAAGCCAAAUUAUCUCCUUGAGUUGGAGAAACUAUCUCACGAAGUCUCCUCGCUGAGUUUCCGGCAUUAUAACGAAUCGGCGGCGAAGGGUAUAAGAGCCAUUUGACAUCGCCAUUCCCACGUGUUCUCUUUCAUCCAGCGGCUGAGGCGCCCGCCCUGACCCAAACCCUCCGCCCCCCUCCCCAAGAGUCGACUGGCAACGCAGCCCCCCAGCCUCUUUUGGUGUCGGAUGCGAGUCUAUCCUUAAGUAAGAAAUCAGGCCUUACUGGAGACAUUCAAGCAAAGAUUGGACAACUCCUUUUCCAGAACAGAAAGGAAACCCAUGCAUCAAGAAAGGUGACUAAUAACGUACCAAAAGAAUAUGGCUGCACAAAUACCAGAAUCUGAUCAGAUAAAACAGUUUAAAGAAUUUCUUGGAACCUACAAUAAACUUACAGAAACCUGCUUUUUGGACUGUGUUAAAGACUUCACAACAAGAGAAGUAAAACCAGAAGAGACUACCUGUUCAGAACAUUGCUUACAGAAGUACUUAAAAAUGACUCAACGAAUAUCUAUGAGAUUUCAGGAAUAUCAUAUUCAGCAGAAUGAAGCCCUAGCUGCCAAAGCAGGACUCCUUGGCCAGCCACGAUAGAGAAGUCCUAACGGAUGGACUUUUGAUGAAAAAUUGCCAACAGCUAUUGCACUGGAAAUGAGGAUUCACCUGAUGGAAUCCUCUAAAAGCAGUAGCCACCAUGUUAAACCAUCUGUCAUGACUGGCAAAUGGAAACAACUGGAGAAACAAAAUUGUUAUAUACAGGAAUAAUCAAAAUAGAAGGUCUUAUUGUUCAAUGAAAAUAAUAAGAUGCAACACUUGUUGAGGCCUUCAGAUUCAGCAGCUUGGUCACUUGAUUAGAAAAAUAAACCAUUGUUUCUUCAAUUGUGACUGUUAAUUUUAAAGCAAAAUAUCAUGUAUGAGAUAGAAAAAAUUUUAUUACUAUAAGUAAAAUAAAUGGAAAUAUCACUGAGCAGUUGUUUAUACUAUAUAAUUCCAUAGCAUUCUGACUGGACUGUGGAUACGUUGAAGUGUUUUUCAAUCACGAUCAUCCUCCAAGUAUUCCUGUUCAUUCAUGUCUGCCUCAAAUUGCUGGUAAAUACAUAAAAUAGUUACUUGCUAAUCAUUUUAAUGCAUGAUCCUUUUCUUGCCUCCCUUCUUGUGUCAGGGUGGGCACUACACAUUCUUAUCCUAGCUACAUUUUCAUAUAUCUUUAGGAAACAUUCCAUCUGACACCAGCUUGGCAAUGUUUAAGAGUUGAUUAUUGUGCUUUAGUGGAGACUGUUGCUUUGCAUUUUGUUUAAAAGCUGAGAAUCCACCAUGAAUGAUUCCAAGUCAGACCAACAGUAUAUAGUAUAUUCUCAGCUACUGCAUGUGAUCAAUUGUAAUAAAAAGUAAACCAAAGUUAAAGUAGCAUCUUAGAGCCAAACAAUUCCAAGCAUUUGCAGGAAAUUCUAAUCGAUGUAUAAGUACACACAGCAGUUUAUCAUCAAAUGAAAUUCAUUCAUAAGCCAGUUGUUUAAUAGGUAUCAGUCCAUUUACAAAUAUAAACCUGUAAUUAAGAGAAUACUAACUAGCCUAUAUGUUUAAAUUUACCAAAGUGAUUUCUGUGUUUUGUCAUAUUGGAAAGUAGAAGUAUUACUCUGCUUCAAUAAUUUACAGUUUUCUAUAUUCAUUCUAUAGGCCAUUAGGUCAUUUAUCUAAAAAUACCACUUAUAAAGGCCUCUGUUGACACUGCAGUCAGUCAAUAACAGUGAUGUCUUUGAAAGUACAAAGAUAAACAAUGUUAACUUUAAAGUUGAAAUGUUGAAACAUGUAUAAUACUCAACAAAAUAUACAAUCCAUCAUAGUCAAAGGAACAUGAAAAGAAACUUGUUUCAUCUUAAGCAAACACAAAUUCAGAGAUGUUACUCACUUAAAACUUGGGGUCAUUCACACACAUACUUUGCUAUUUUUAUCUAAUCAAGCCCAACAUGGUUAUUUAGUGUUCAUUUAACAAAGGUAAAUAUGUGCUUACCUGGCAAAUAAGGGGAAUUUUGUGCAAUAGCAUCUCAAAUACCUUGGGAGGAAGUGUGUGUUUGAAAACUUUCAGAAGUUCCUGUGGUUGCCCACACACCAAAAGGGCAUUGCUGAGAUGUUCAACACCCAUUCGAUGCUCUCCUAAAUAGAUUGAUAAGUUUAGAGCAGAAUUUUAAAGUAUAUUCUACAUUCUAGAAUAAAGUAUAUUCUAUAUUCUACAUAUAUUCUACAAAUUAUCAAGAAAGCACCAAGCAUUAAAACUACAAAAGCAUAUCAAACUAAAGACUAUGAACAAGUCUCAAAAAGAAUAAAUAGUAUAAACAGGGAAAUGCUGAGCUGCCUAUUAGAUUCAUUAUGAUCAGGCUGCAGUGUGAAUAACUUUCUGACCCAAAUUACCAUUUAAAAGUGCACUCUUGAAUUGGAAAUGUUCAUGUUAUGCAAUUUGGAUAUGCAAGAGGGAAUAUUGAGUUAUUUUAAAAAGGCUGGUGUCUGUCAUUAGUGACAGACAUAUGUGGUUGAUGAAAUAUUACAGAUGAAACAUCUUGAUGUCCUAGUUAAAUGAGACUUUUGCACAAUAGACUGUAUUAUUAAAGAGCUGAAACAUGAUUUAGUAUUACCAUGAAUUAUGUAUCUAGGGGAAGACAGAUGAGUUUUAGGAUGACUGGUUAUAAAAUAAGAAUGAAAAUUUGUGAAGAGUGGAAAUUAAUGAUAGGACUUUAAGUUAAAACAUGUAAUCAGUUAGUCUCACUACCUCAUUUUAGGAAAAUCAGGCAAAGAACAGUGAAAUAAUUUAAGGUUUCAAAUCUAAUUAAUGCCAGAAUUAAUGCACCUAAUUUUCUGAACCUUGAGACUACAGUGUGCUGCCUCUCCUUCACAUGUUAUGUAAUAACAGAAGUUGAAAUUUUGAAAUAUUUAAUAUAACUAGGAAACACUUUGUAUCAAACCCUUGAAAGAAAAAGCAAUAAUAGUGACUGCUCUUAAGUUGAUGGAGCUAACAUAACCCCAAAACCUAAUCAAUUUGGUUAAUUAGAUCAACCAACGAUUAAAUCCAAUCAAAUUAGCUAAUCAGACGUUUCUAUUGAGGGACUUCCUGGUGGUCCAGUGGCUAAGAAGUUUCUAUUGAAAUUUUUGGCUCUGUGGUCCCUCUGAUGACAUAGACAUAAACACAACAGGUAGUUACAGAACUUCCUGUCUGCAAAGUAGUGAAAACUGGGUUGGCAGUGGUGGCAGAAGUGACAAGAAAACAUUACAGAAACUGGCUAAAAAUUACUGCAUUGGAACAGUGUUUCUCAACCAGUGUGUUGUAAUAGCCUAGGGACGUUUAAAGAAUAAUAAUUUAUAUAUAUCUGGAGAAAACCAUAAUUUGAAGAGAUACAUGGACCCCAUUGUUCACUACAGAGUUGUUUACCAAGACAUGGAAGCAACCUAAAUGUCCAUCGACAGAUGAAUGAUAAAUAAGAUGUGGUACAUAUAAACAAUGGAAUACUACUCAGCCAUAAAAACAAACAAAACAAUGCCAUUUGCAGUGACAUGGAUGGACCCAGAGAUUAUCAUACUAAGUGAACUAAGACAGAAAGACAACUAUACUAUCAUAUCACUAACAUGGAAUCUAAAAAAAUGACACAAAUGAACUUAUUUACAAAACAAAUACACUCAAACAGAAACCAAAGUUAUGGUAACCAAUGGGGAGAGACAAAUUAGAAGUUUGAGAUUAACUUAACACACACUGCUAAAUACAAAAUAGAUAACCAAUAAGAGAACUGUAGGGAACUAUACUCAAAACCCUAUGAGAGAAAAAAUCUGAAAAAGAAUAUAUGUAUAACUGAACCACUGUGCUGUACACUCAAAAGUAACACAACAUUGUAAACCAAUGCUACUUCAAU